GGCCCGCCCUCCGAUCUCGUGUACUCUUUCUACUGUGGACAUCACGCAUAUAUACUAGCCCGCUUCUCUUUUUCCUGUAUUUAACAUCCUCUCUCUGACGAUGACGUCCUUCGCGCCGUCGUGUCAGGGUUUAGUACCCACUAUGUGAGGGAUUCAAGCGCCUGCAACCCAUCGAAUCCUGUUGCGGGUUUGUUGGCGCGACGGACAGGUCCGGGUGGGUCACCCGCUAGAGAGACCUGCGGAGUCGUAUACGUGUGGGCCGACCAACAGAAACCUGUGUCCGCGGGCUACAAAUCCUGCUCGUUGGACUUUCUUCACAAACCUAUUCAAAACGACGGUAACGUUGAAUGCAUGUGGUGUGUCCGUCACUGCGUGCAGUAGGCGAACCUGCUUCCUCCGCUGCCGAAACCUUUUCUUGAAACGCCGCCAUGCGCUUACGUCACCCGGAGAGCUUUCGAUCCAGUUCUGUGCCCCGUCUGCUGCGAGUGUUGCAUGCACCGAGAACACUUCAAACGCCGUCUCGUGCGCGACUGGACGGUCUCAAACCCGGCAGAACCCAGCACGCUUCUUACUCGGUCACCCCUUGCAUCGCCGCCCGGUGUAUCUCAUCGCUGUUCUCUGUGCACCUUCCUUCCUACGAGCCAACUGAGCUUCUCUCAGCGACGCGUGCUCCGCCACAGCCCGCUGCCGCUCGGCACUCCUAGCGCCGUCAGGCGAGUUCGCGUAGUCGAGAAACUCGCGUGUCUUGUUUGCCACCAACCGAUCGCCGCGCGCAGCUCGCAGCACCGCCGCUGCAGCCGUCGUUUCUCCCACAGAGAUCAACACCGAUACGCAGCAGCACACCCGUCCCAUUGCGGGUCCACGAAUUCAAGUGUGUCCAGCUUUCGGCUAUGUGCAAUCUCUACUAUUCGAGCUUCUUUUUUUCCACGUCCGCACUCAACGUUCUGGUAUGACGAGACUCAAUGUAAUAGGUGCGAGUGGGGGGCCGCCGUCCGUUCUCGUCCAUCCGAAGAUCCACUCGCGCAUAGGCCCAGGGCACCUCGUCGAGAUUAG